AUGUCGUCGAAAAAACAUAAGACAAGCAAAUCCACAGCGAAGAAAGUUGAUAAAAAGCACUCAUGUGAGAUAUCGGAUCUAACCGAAGCUGGGAAGACACAAAAAGAAGCAAGUGAUUCUCAUAAUCCUAAUCAUUUCACCAAAGAUUUAUCAACUAUUGCUGAUGAGGGUAGUGAAAAUUUAUCUGUAGAAAACAUGAAUGACAUUAAUAACUUGUGCUAUCAGACAAAAGGUUUUCCGGAUAAUUCACAUGGAACAUAUUUCGAAAUGAGAAUGUUUAUUGUAUGUUGUAUGAAUAUUAUGAAAAAAAAUUAUAAAAAUUUUCUUCUUGCAUCUGGUGUGGAGUAUGCGGAUGGUUUUGAUGAUAUUGUUCUUAUACAUAAUAAUUCUAUAUUUAUGGUACAAGUAAAACAUGGUCAAGUAAAUCAACAAUAUCGAAUGGACGAUAAUCAAUUUAAAGGAGGAAAAGGUAGUCCACUGGGUUUGGAACAAUAUUUUCAAGCGUAUAUUAAUGUGAAAAAAAACAUCAAAAUGGAACAAAUUUCAAAGUUAUUAACAGGAGAACCUAUCAAUAUUAGCAUGGUUAUAUGUACAAAUAUGUUAUUUGAAGAUAAUAUUCUAGAAAAAUAUUUUGAAAAAAUUCCUAUGAAUGAUGAACAUACAUCAUUAUUAAAAUUAGAUAAUGAAUAUGAAUAUGUAUACAAAUUUCAACAAUCUAUUAUUGAUUAUUUUCAAAAUGAUCCAACAAAAUGCAGCGUUAAUCCUAAAAAUAAAAAUAAACAGACAAGUGAUGGUUUAAUUUUAAAUAAUAAUGACGUUGAUAAAAAUAAAGUAAAUAAUAUAAAACAUAAACAGCAAUCAUACGUUAAUUUAUUAAAAAAAAUUUUUGCUGAUGAUAAUCCAGAAGAUGUUGCAAAAUUUUUUUCUCAUACAAUUUUUGCUCUUGGUUUUCCUGAUGAACAAGAGACACUAGAUAAUCGACUAAAUAACGAAUUAAAUAAUCUCUGUAAUAUGAACUUACCUAAUAGAAAUGAAAAUUUGAUAGAUAAAACAUUAUUAGUUAAAUUUUUAGGAUGGAUGUUUAAUCGAUUUUCAAGAAUAAGAAAUACACAUAGUUGUACAUAUCUUACUAGUAGUGAAUUAAAAGAAGUUUUUCAAUGUUUAACCGAAUCGACAAAUAUAAAUGAUAAUCGGUUUUUAACUGGAAUCACGUAUGCAUUAAGAACAAAUAUUGAAUCUUAUAAUUAUCAAAUCAUUGAAAAUGAAAUAAUUGCUCCAAAUUUACUUGAUUUUAUUGUUACCGAUAAUCAACCAUAUUUUUGGUGUAGUUCAAGCUCGGACAACAAUAUUCGAUUAACUACUGUACAAAUAUACAAUUAUUUGUUAAACAAUUCUGUAAAAAAUAUUUUUGUUUGUUGUUCAUCAAUGAUAAGUAAUAAUCAUAUUCGUGAUACACUUAUUAGUGUUAUGAAUGAACAAAAAAGUUAUCUACUUAUUGAGUGCAAUACAAACAUUAAUUAUGAUUUUUUGGAGAAACAAAAAAUCUCAAAAAUUAUAUUUAUUUUACAAGACAAAUCGGCUUCUAGUACAGAAAUUUUACCACCAUGCUAUGAAAAUUUUCCUGAUCUUAAAAAUAAAAACAUUUCAUUUCAAGGUAGAGAAAUGAAAUUAAAUGAUUUUAUUAACAAUGUAUCAUCAAGCCAUCGACAAAAAUUAUUUUCUCUAAAUAUUUUGGAUAGUUUAUUAUCAUCGAUUACUUCAAUAUCUACAAUUGGUGAAUCCAUAGUAAAACCAAAUAAAUUUGCCUUAGAUAUUUAUAUAAAACGUCGAUUAAAACAAAAGGAUGAAAUUGACUACAUUAGUGAAGAUGAUUUUCGUCUUAGAAGUUCAUUGACAAUUGUUAGUGCCGAACCAGGAAUGGGUAAAACAACAUUUUUAAAUCAUAAAUUACAUAUUAUUGAACCAGCAUCAAACAUUAAGUAUUUAUGGAAAAUUCGUAUUAAUGUUAGCAGUUACAAAAUUAUAAUUGAUAAUGUCAAAAAAUUAGAGUCAACAAAAGAUGUGAUUGCAUUUCUCUCACUUUUAGAAGAAAAUGAAAUUAGUAAACAUUUUCUAGAACAAUAUUUUAAUAAACUAUCUGAUCAACACAAGUUAUUUGUUAUCAUAGACGGUUUUGAUGAAGUUAAUCAUGAUGAUCAAAUAAAACUAAUAGAUUUAGUCAAAUGUUUAAUUAAGAAUGAUAUGAUUGUUCUAAUAACAACUCGACAAAAUAAAUUACAUAUUCUUGAAGAAAAAUUUCAAUCAUCAUCAAUAUUUAGUUUUGAAGAUAUGUUAACAGAAGAUCAAGAAACGUAUUUAAUAAACUACUGGCGUUUAAAUCAUAAUUCUAGUACUGAAAAUGAAUUUAAUUAUCAAAAUGCAUGCUUGGAUGCACGAGCAGGGAAAUUAAUUAAACUUUUAAAUCAAAAUAUAACAAAACAAGAAAGAUAUUUACUGGGUAUUCCAUUAAUAUGUUUUAUGUUAGCUGAAGCAUAUCCACCUUUAACAAAUGAAGAAGAAUUAUCAAUUAGAUUUGACGUAUUUAGUUUAUUUCAAACAUUUGUAAAUAAAAAAAUUGAAAUAUAUUUUAAUAAACAAAAAUUACAACAAAUCGACAAAGUAUUACAAUCUAUUUUUCAUGGAUACAUAAUUAAAAUUUAUCAAUGUCUUAGUUUUUAUUAUUUAUUUCAAAAUUUAACAUUUAAUACUGGUUAUAAAAAUCUACUUAAUUUGUUUAAUGAUAAUUUCAAUUUUAACGAACAAAUGACAGAGAAAUCAUUGUUAUUUUCAAUUUUAACUGAUAAUGAUGUUGAAUCUAUUAAUAGAAUUGGUAUUGCUGAAGUUAUUAAUAAUGAAAAAAUUCAAUUUACACACAGAACAUUUGCCGAAUAUUUUGUUUCAACUCUCUUUUUGAGUCUAUUAUCAUCGACUAAUGAUUAUUAUUACAACAUUUGUAAAGAAUUUUUAAUAUAUCAAAUAUUUAAAUCAUCAAAUGAACAAAUUAAUUUUUUUAUGAAUACAAGACAACGGACAAAUGAUAUAGUUAAUAAAAGAUGGAACGAGAUAAAAGAAAAACAAUUAAUUAAAUACAAUUCAAAAUUUGUAUUUUAUAUGAAAUUUGAGGAAGAAAAAUCUCGUUUACAACGGCAAGAUUGUAUAAAAACUAUCAAAGAUAUUAGAUCAACAUAUUAUUGGAUAAAAGAUAAUACCAGAAGUGGUAAUAAAAAAUCUCGUAUAAUUAAUACGUACAAUAUUUUUCGAAUUCUUCAAAAUAAGUAUUCAAAAUCAUUAGAACAUCUUGAAUACAAUCAUUGUCAACAAGAUAUACGUCUAAUUGCUCAGAUAUUAAAGCAUGAAACUAUUUGUGAUAAAAUAAAAUGUAAUUGUAUUAAAAUUCUUGAUAUAAUUAUAUCUCAAUUAUUUUAUUUAGAUAAAGAAAAACGUCACAAAAUUCUUAAUUUAAUCGAUCAACUAAUUACUAAAGAUCUUGAUAUAAAAUCAUAUUCUGUUAUUAAUACUUGGUCAAAAAUUUAUGAUGAAGUUGAUAAAAAAUUAACAUUAUCCAAUUGUACAGAUAACAUAGAAGAAAAGUAUCAAUGGUUAUUCUUAUAUGUAUUUCCGAACUUGUUUACAAACUUAACCUCUUCAUCAUUAUGUAGUAAACAAUAUACAUUUAAAGAUAUGUUAAAUAAUAAAGACGGAGAAAAAAUAUUCUUGUCUGAUGUAUUAGUUUCAAAAAAGAAAUCAUUUCUUGAAAUUGGGCAAACAUCGGAAAUGCAAGAAUUACUUACAGUAGAAAGGCAAGAACAAUUACAACAAUAUAGCCAUUCCCCUUUUAAAGCAGUGUCAAAGCUUAAGGAGUUACACACGACGGAUAAUCUAUUAAACACAAAUCAAUUUAAUGAAACAAGUCGUAAUAUAGGCAUUUCACUUCUCAACACUUAUGACUCUUCGGAUAAAAACAUGUUUCGUAUGAAAGAUUUAGCGACACAAGCAUUCUUUGAUAAAGAUGAAGAGCAUUCAAAUUUUAUUAACACAUAUUUUCAAUUUCAACAUUUAUCUAUUAAUCAAUUUUUACAAGAAUUUGAAAAGAAAUUAAUUCAAUCGAUAAACGCUUUUUUUGAAUUUCAUCGUGAUCAACUCGAUUUUCUAACAUGUUUUAUUGCUGAUUAUUUUAAAGACUUUGUUUCUAUAUUUCACUUCCUUACACCAGAAGUAUCAAUAUAUUUAAUAGAACUUUUAAAGAAAGUACGUAGUAGUAAAGGUAUACUAUGGCCAUCUUCUGUUACUGCAGCUAUAAUACAUCCAUUUGCUUCAUUAUAUGUAAAUGAAAAAGAUCAUUAUCUUCAACUACAACAUAUCGAUAAAAAUGCAUUUAUUUAUUUUACAAGUUAUGUUUUUAUUUCAACAAUAAAAUGUCAAGAUUGUAGAAUGAUUUAUGAUGGUGAUUUCAAAACAAUGAUCGAUUUUAUUGAAAUAUGUUUAAAUGGUGACGAUUGUCGAUUAUUAAAAAAUACUAUCUUAUUAUUUAUAUCAUUUAUUCAUGCAACAGGGAUGAUAUUAAUUGAAAAUGAUUUAGAUAAACAUACAUUUAUUAUUUAUCAUCCGGAUGAUUUAUUUCAACAAGAAAUAAAAAUAAAUGAUUCAAAAACAAUAAAGUCAAUAAAAGAUAUAAGGUCAAUCAUGGAAAAACAAAAUUGA